CACACACACAUACAAUGUUCUCAAACACCAUGCCUGUACCAACCUUUAAAAAAUAUCCAAACGUGUUCUUACUUUUGCUGCUAUGACAAGUUCUAACUACACUUGUUUAUUCUCGAAAACACCAUACUCUUAACUAAUCCUCCCUUUAAAUUCUAAAGCAUCAAGGGUCGGCUCUCCAUAACCUCAUCUCUCUCUCUCUCUCCCUGUCUCUCUCACACACACACACAGUUAAAAGUCAUAAGCUCUUACAUUUCAUUUUCUGACCAAUUUUAGUUGUCUGUAAAAUGGGUUACAAGACAUUGGAUCAGAAGCCAAAGCUGAAGCACAAGAAGGGGUUAUGGUCACCGGAUGAAGACCAAAGGCUCAGAAAUCACAUCCUCAACCACGGCCAUGGCUGCUGGAGCACUGUUCCAAUCAACGCCGGGUUGCAAAGGAAUGGCAAGAGCUGCAGAUUAAGGUGGAUAAAUUAUUUGAGGCCAGGAUUGAAGAGAGGGAUGUUUACUGCACAAGAGGAGGAAACUAUCCUGACCCUUCAUGUCAUGCUAGGCAACAAGUGGUCACAAAUAGCCCAACAUUUGCCUGGAAGAACUGACAAUGAGAUAAAGAACUAUUGGCAUUCUUAUCUGAAGAAGAAAGUGGCCAAAAUGGAACAAACUGAUCAGGAAGCUCACACUAAAACAGAACACACAAGUUCAAGCACAGAAAAUAUAGAAUCUUCACCUUCUCCCCAGAAAUCGAUGAUUUGGAAUCCGAGUUUCGAAUCAUUUGAACACACAGAAGGAGCAUCAUCAACAAAUAUGAAUGAUCAGUCCACACAACAAAAUUUUGAGUUCCCAAAAGAAGAUCGCCAAAGCAGCUUACCAAAGCUUCUGUUUUCUGAGUGGCUCACAGUGGAUCAGUUUCAGGGGCAGGACUAUGGUAAUUCGGGUGAGCCAGCAGUUACUAAGAAUGGUUUUGAUCAUAAUUCAAGCUCCGAAGAUGGUUUUUUCCACGGUUUAUUAAUGAAUGAGGGGUCAUUUGGUAGCGAGUUUCACCAGCGCUUAAGCGAUAAUUCGGGUGGUGAAACUUUCCAUCCAGAAUUCAAAUUUGAGGGUCACAUUCCAGAGAAUGAGUUUGUUGACUUUAUAUAUGGUGAUGAUAUCUGUAGUGGUUUUGACAUGAACAAUGAUAUGUACAUAUAGGAAGUUUUUUACACUACAUCUACUUGUUUCUCUGCAAAAAGUGUUCCCUAAGUUGCUUCUGAAGAGUGAAGACACCCCUCACUUGUAUAUUAAUAAAGUCAUCAAACACAUUGUUUCUCUAUUAAUGUUGUGAAAUUUAUAACAAUAUCUUUCUACCA